AUGACGCCCGUCGCCGACACAGAAACUCCGACAAUCGUAGGCGUCGCCAAGUGGACCUUUGACUGCGCUGCGUUACUUCUCGACGUUCACAACGCUAUGGUGGAACUCGAGGACAAAGACGACGCUAUCAAAUACGCCACGAUCCUCAAAUUUGAUGGCGAAAUGCGUACUUUGUGUGCGGAGAAGCUGCCGAGAUACCUUCUUCCUCGGGUACCUCACGAUCCCAGUUGGCCACAAUGGGUCGUCUGGGCGAAGCGGCUGCACCACGCAUCGACACAUCACAAGAUCAUUAUGAUCCAUCAAAAUUUCUUGAGCAAGAGCUUCAAGGACGUCCGCUACACAUACAGCCGGUGGGCCUGUAUGAGCGCAGCGCAGAGUCUCAUUAGCUUAUACACCACUCGAGAAGCGCAAGAGCCGCAAUGGUGGGUUGAACAAGCUUUCAUCAUCACCGCCGGUAUUUGCCUCAUUCUGGAGCUCUUUCAUCGUGCUGAAGCAGACGCGGAGGCACAAGAGUGCCAUCUACAUGUCACGCGAGCUAUCAGGUACUUGCAACUGUUUCACACGUCAAGUGUUGCAGUACAUGGCGUGCGUCUGCUCAUGUCGCUUUUGGCAGAGUAUGAAAAGCUCAGGGAUGGAUCAAGCCACAGGUCCACACUAUCAGCGGACACAGCAACCACCCAAGCCUGUUCCUAUAUUCCCAGCAACACGGCUGGUAUUCCCAUGCCGGACAACGACCGUGCGACUCAACAGCUGCCUCUAGAUUCUGAGGUUCAACCAACAUUCGCCGAUCCGACCACCUGGAAUUUCGAUAUCGACAGUCUGGGCUUCGAGGAUCUGAUGGACUAUCUGCCUUCAGAAGGCUUGUUGAACAAUAAUGUCUUCAACGCCAGCAUGUUGUCUGGUACUGGAUGGCCGAUGUGUAUGUCUCAGGACCCCGACCUCGACAAGAUGCUUGUGCUCGACGCACUGAGUAGCGGCCUCAACAUGUCCAUGACAGAGCUCCUCAGCAUCCUCGGUCGACAAGCCCCGAUCUCCAACCUUCUUCUCGGACCCGUCAUCAGACCACAGCAAAUCCCCAUGACGGCGGCAUCUCAUUCCGAACCGAGCACGCAUCUACAACAGAAGGCACCGGCGGCACAGGAGCGACAGCACCUGGAGAGGGAGUUCCACAUUGUAUACUGGACCGCUUUGGGUCUCGUCACCCUCAUCGCUAUAUCGGCUGUCUGGACGAAAGCUCACAUGGCGGCGCAAAAGGGUCGGAAGUCGUUCGAGGCCAAGAAACCUAUGUCGGAUGUUGAGAAAUGGCAUAUGCGGCGUCAGAAGGCCCGCGAUGAGGCGUCCUUGGCACUUGGGCAAGUGGAUGAUCAGUCUCCGGGUACGUGA